GACAAGCUACAGUCGGCUCGAGCACUCCAGCUUCACGUUCAGUGUGGUUCAGACGCGCGGAGCUUCUCAGCAUUUUACUCAGUUUGGUGUUUGUCAGUUGGUGAGGCCACCCCAACAACACAGCAGUCAUGGACGCCAUCAAGAAGAAGAUGCAGAUGCUUAAGCUAGACAAGGAGAAUGCCUUGGACAGAGCUGAGGGAGCUGAGGGAGACAGAAAGGCAGCAGAGGACAAGAGCAAACAGCUUGAGGAUGACCUGGUAGCGCUGCAGAAGAAGCUGAAGGGAACAGAGGAUGAGUUGGACAAGUACUCUGAGUCUCUUAAGGAUGCCCAGGAGAAACUUGAACUCGCUGAGAAGAAAGCCACAGACGCCGAGGCUGAUGUAGCUUCCCUGAACAGACGUAUCCAACUGGUUGAGGAGGAGUUGGAUCGUGCUCAGGAGCGUCUGGCCACAGCUCUGACCAAGCUGGAGGAGGCUGAGAAGGCUGCUGAUGAGAGUGAGAGAGGCAUGAAGGUGAUUGAAAACAGAGCAUCGAAGGAUGAGGAGAAGAUGGAGCUGCAGGAGAUCCAGCUGAAGGAGGCCAAGCACAUCGCUGAGGAGGCUGACAGGAAAUACGAGGAGGUCGCCCGUAAGCUGGUCAUCAUUGAGAGUGAUCUGGAACGUACAGAGGAGCGCGCUGAGCUCUCUGAAGGCAAAUGCGCUGAGCUUGAGGAAGAGUUGAAGACAGUCACAAACAACCUGAAGUCUCUUGAGGCUCAGGCAGAGAAGUACUCACAGAAGGAGGACAAGUACGAGGAGGAGAUCAAGGUUCUCACAGACAAGCUAAAGGAGGCUGAGACCCGUGCUGAGUUCGCUGAGAGGUCCGUGGCCAAGCUUGAGAAGACCAUUGAUGAUCUGGAGGAUGAGUUGUAUGCACAGAAGCUGAAGUACAAGGCCAUCAGCGAGGAGCUGGACCACGCCCUCAACGACAUGACCUCCAUACCCUCUGUACCGGCAGCUUGAGAAAAAUCGUCUUCUUUCCAAUGAACUGAGAGUGGUGUUAAAUCAGGAUUAAACUAUUACUGGAUGUGUUGUGAAAUUAGCACUGUGCUCAAAUUAGAAGAAAAAAAAUGAAAGGCACUCUUCAUUUGUGGCUCAAAUUUAAAAUACCUUUAUUGUCUUGGCAUGUCAUUGGCCGUAGACAUUUGUCUGAUGCUGUGAUGGAAAUAUAGGAUAAUGUGUGUCUAUGACACAAACCUAAGAGUCAGGCAAAGACAAAAAAUAUAUAUAUUGGAUAAUAUUUAUCGGGAAGAAAUAAUUGGACUGUAGUUAAUGCGGAGCAUCAGAGAAAUGAAAUGCAUGUUCACAUUGCAGGUGAAGAGGGCAGGUUUCACAGACUCACAGAUGGAUUUAAGCGCAGGCCUAUUUUUGUUUAGUUAACCAACAUCUGGAAUUGUUAUUUCAUGAACAGCAAUUCGAUUUAGAUAACAUAAACUGGAUCACUGGAUCACUGGAUCACUGUCUAUAAGUCUAUGACUGAAAGAUUGUCCAUUGUACAGGAGUAAUUCUGGGUCUGUGAAACUGACCCACAAUGUAUGAUAAGGCUUGAUAUGAGUGUGCAUUAUAACAAUAUCUAGUGACUGUGGUUGACUAAGGAUAUACACAGGGACCACCUUUUAAAGUUUUAACUAUAACAAUCUUCAUUCAAUAUUAUUGGGUCUGUGAAACGCUUGGUUAAGUCAUUUUCAUUGUGGUCAAAAAUUAUAAAUAGUCUGCAGGCUUCAUUUUUAUGUUGCACACAUAGUGACAAACUCUAUCAGGCUAAUGAUGAGAUGAGAGAACUUUGGUAUGUGUCAAAUCUUGGAUCAGACACUCAUGGACCUCAAUAACAUGCAACAACAUGGUCCAUUAUCACACAAGACUGCACCGCUCACCUGCUGUGACCUGGUCCAGCAUUACACCAUGAUCACACCAACACUCACCUGUCGUUGCCAUGGAGUGCUCCUCCUUGCCCUCUUUGUGGAGAUCUCUGGGGCUUGACUGUUUUCUCAGCUCUCAGAGGGGCUGAGAAAACAAACACAAUGGACUUUAACUGGAUGUUAGCUAGACAGCAAAGCAGACGUAUGGCUGAGCAGUCACUUGACUCAUAUACCAUUUAUUUUUGUAUGUUAAAGUGAGAUUUAAUUGACAAAAUGUGCACUUUAUUUAUUCAAGCUAUUAUAAUGGACAGGAUUACUCUUGACCAAUUAAGCCAUAACCGAAGCCAAGGUUUAACAUUUGUACUUUUUUAUUCUGCUUUUGUAACUUGUUCUUUAGUUAUUUAUUGUCCAUGUUUCUUUAUGUCCAUGUUUCAUAUGUAUGUGCUGGUGCCUCAGUGAUAUACAGUACUUAUAUUUAAAAGAAAGUAAGCAUGUGCAAUAUGUACACUGAUACAAUGUUUAGCGAGGCGGCAGGUACAGUAUGUUCAUUUAAUCUCAAAUAGAUCGACCUAGAUCAUUUCAUGUCCAGUGUCACUCCCCAGGGAAUGUUUUUUUUGUCAAAUAGCAUACAUGUUUGAUUUGAUGGUGUCUCUUGUUCCUUUUAUUAUGUGAAUGUAAUAUAUAAAUAAAAACCCACAAUCACA